AUGGGACUUCUUGACAUUGUCCAGCCGGGCGUCCUCACGGGCGAAGACGUGAUGAAGGUGUACAAGUACGCCCACGAGCACAAGUUUGCCAUCCCGGCCGUGAACGUGACGUCGUCGUCGACGGCCAACGCUGCGCUGCAAGCUGCGCGCGACAUCAAGUCGCCCAUUAUCAUCCAGACGUCCAAUGGCGGCGCGGCGUUUUACGCUGGCAAGGGCAUUGACAAUGCGAACCAGAAGGCGUCCGUGCUUGGGGCCAUUGCAGCGGCGUACCACGUGCGCGCGAUGGCCAAACACUAUGGGAUUCCCGUGAUUCUGCACUCGGAUCAUUGUGCCAAGAAGCUCUUGCCGUGGUUUGACGGCAUGCUGGAAGCCGAUGAAGAGCACUUUGCCAAGCACGGCGUGCCGCUCUGGAGCUCGCACAUGCUGGACUUGUCGGAGGAGCCCAUGGAGGAGAAUGUGGCUGUGAGCAAGCAGUACUUUGAACGGAUGGCCAAGAUGGGGCUGAUUCUGGAAGUGGAGCUCGGCAUCACGGGCGGGGAAGAGGACGGCGUGGACAAUAGUGAAGUGGACAAUGCGUCGCUGUACUCGCAGCCAGAAGACAUUUUGCUGGCGUACAAUGAACUGGGGGCCGUGUCGCCGUAUUUUACCAUUGCGGCGGCAUUUGGCAAUGUCCACGGCGUGUACAAGCCUGGCAAUGUGAAGCUGCACCCGGAGAUUUUGGGUGAUUUCCAGAAGUUUGUGGCUAAGGAGAAGGCACUGUCGACGGACAAGCCCGUGUUCUUUGUGUUCCACGGCGGCUCGGGCUCGACGCCGCAGGAGAUUGAGACGGCAGUGGGCAAUGGCGUGGUGAAGAUGAACAUUGACACGGACACGCAGUGGGCGUACUGGGACGGAUUGCGCAAGUUCUACGAGGGCAAGAAGGACUACUUGCAGUGCCAGAUUGGCAACCCCGACGGCCCGGACGUGCCCAAUAAGAAGUACUAUGACCCGCGGGUGUGGGUGCGCAAGUCGGAGGAGGAAAUGAUUGCUCGUCUGCAGCAGGCGUUCCGCGAUCUGAACUGCGUCAAUGUGCUGUAA